UGGGGAGCCCCAGUCUGGCCGGAGUUGGCUGGAGCUGUUGCCAUGACAAGCAUUUUCUUAAGGCAGCUCCGCUGUUGAGACCGUCCUAGGCUGGGGGUGGGGUGGGGGCGCGAACUUCCUGGGGGACCAUCCCUCCGAAGACGGCGAGGUCGGACACCCGCCCAGCUCCCUGCACCCAUUUUCUUCCAGGAAGGUCCUUCGCGUGGAAGGGCUGGGGAAGAAGACCCAGCCCACUCCCCCAGCUGUAGCUCCAAGCUGUAGCUCCAAGCCGGCAUCACUAGGUGGUUUGCCACUCUGGGGAGAGCGGUGGGUGGUCACCCCACCCUACUCGGUCCAUGGAAACGCGGAGGGAGAGUCCCGCUUGGAGACACCUGAAUCUUUGCUAGAAAGAGAGAGACCUAGCUGUCGUCGUCGUUAUCCAGGGAGCCCUCCUCUUUCUCCUGAUGACGGGGCUCUACCAUCGCAGUUGCUGGUUGUUGCUAAGGUUGCCUCCAUGGUAACAUGCUUAUCCUGUUUACACUUCUAUAUGGACAAGUAGUCUAAGCUAGGAACCUGCCUGCUCUGGAUGACUAUUUCCAUCGCCACACAGAGGACACCAAUCAGCGUGACGCCAAGUCCGUCUUCUACUAAGUUCCCCCAACCUCUUCCUCCUCUCACUAGUAGACUUGAUACAGAAGAAAAGAUCUAGGCUUGGUGUUGCUACUCUGAAGCUUAUUGCACAAGAUAUUGUCAAUUUAUCCCCUAACCGGGCCCCCAGAGAAGGAAGAAGUGAGAAGAAACAGGGAAGAGAAGGCAAGAGACACAGAUCAGUUGGAGGGAAACGCUACAUCUUCUCUGCUUGAGAGUUCUGGUAACCGCAGGCAAAAUGACGAGCUCAUCAGCACAUACCUUGCCGGGCAACUCAGUAGCUGAGGACUAUGAAGGGGAGUUUGGCUGCACAUUAAUGGACCUGAGAAAGCUCAUGGAGCUUCGUGCGGCCGAUGCGGUCACCCAGAUCAGUGCCCACUACGGAGGUGUACAGAAUAUCUGCGACAGACUGAAAACCUCCCCUGUAGAAGGUUUAUCUGGGAACCCUACAGAUCUGGAGAAGCGUAGACUUGUUUUUGGACAGAAUGUGAUACCUCCGAAAAAGCCCAAGACUUUCUUAGAAUUAGUGUGGGAAGCCCUGCAGGAUGUCACGCUCAUCAUCCUGGAGAUUGCAGCCAUCAUCUCCCUGGUCCUGUCCUUCUAUCGACCCCCUGGCGGAGACAAUGAAGUCUGUGGUCAGACUGCAAGUGGCCCAGAGGAAGAGGAGGAAGCAGAAACCGGCUGGAUUGAGGGGGCAGCCAUCCUUACCUCGGUGAUCAUUGUGGUGUUGGUGACAGCCUUCAAUGACUGGAGCAAAGAGAAGCAGUUCCGGGGGCUGCAGAGUCGCAUUGAACUCGAGCAAAAAUUCUGCAUUAUCCGGAAUGGUCAGCUCAUCCAGCUCCCAGUGGCUGAGAUUGUGGUGGGAGAUAUUGCCCAGAUCAAAUACGGUGACCUCCUCCCUGCAGACGGAAUCCUAAUCCAGGGGAAUGACCUGAAGAUCGAUGAGAGCUCUCUGACGGGAGAGUCAGAUCAUGUCAAGAAGUCUCUGGACAAAGACCCCAUGUUGCUCUCAGGGACUCACGUGAUGGAAGGUUCUGGCCGGAUGGUAGUGACUGCUGUGGGGGUCAACUCUCAGACCGGAAUCAUCUUCACCCUCUUAGGGGCCAGUGAGGAAGAUGAGGAGGAAAAGAAGAAGAAAAGUAAAAAACAAGGAGUCUCUGAAAAUCGCAACAAAGCAAAGACCCAAGAUGGAGUGGCCUUGGAAAUCCAGCCUCUCAACAGCCAGGAGGGUAUCGACAGUGAGGAGAAGGAGAAGAAAGUAAGCAAGAUGCCCAAGAAGGAGAAGUCUGUGCUUCAGGGCAAGCUCACGCGCCUGGCUGUGCAGAUCGGGAAGGCGGGUCUGAUCAUGUCUGCUCUCACAGUGAUCAUCUUGAUUCUAUACUUUGUGGUUGAAAAUUUCGUGAUACAGCGCAGAUCGUGGCUACCUGAGUGUACUCCGGUCUACAUCCAGUAUUUCGUCAAGUUCUUCAUCAUUGGCGUCACGGUACUGGUAGUGGCUGUGCCAGAGGGGCUGCCACUGGCUGUCACCAUCUCACUGGCCUACUCUGUCAAGAAAAUGAUGAAGGACAACAACUUGGUACGGCACUUGGAUGCUUGUGAGACCAUGGGCAACGCCACAGCCAUUUGCUCCGAUAAGACAGGGACACUGACCAUGAACCGCAUGACAGUGGUGCAAGCUUUCGUUGGGGGCACCCAUUACCAGGUCCCCAGCCCUGACGUCUUCCCGCCCAAGGUCCUGGAGCUCAUAGUCAAUGGCAUUUCCAUUAACAGUGCUUAUACUUCUAAGAUUCUGCCUCCAGAAAAGGAGGGAGGCCUACCUCGGCAGGUAGGCAACAAGACAGAGUGUGCCCUGCUGGGCUUUGUCACAGAUCUGAAGCAGGAUUACCAAGCAGUUCGCAAUGAAGUGCCCGAGGAGAAGCUCUUCAAAGUGUACACCUUCAACUCGUGCGCAAGUCCUGAGCACGUCAUCCGGAAGCCUGGAGGGGGCUUCCGCAUGUUCAGCAAGGGCGCCUCUGAGAUAAUGCUGCGCAGGUGUAAUCAAAUCCUGGACAAGGGAGGAGAAUGCGUGCAGUUCAAAAAUAAGGACCGAGACGACAUGGUACGCAAUGUCAUUGAGCCCAUGGCCAGCGAAGGACUCCGGACCAUCUGCAUAGCUUACCGGGACUUUGAUGGCACAGAGCCCAUAUGGGACAAUGAGAAUGAAGUCCUUGCUGAGCUGACCUGCAUUGCAGUGGUGGGCAUUGAAGACCCCGUGCGCCCGGAGGUACCUAACGCAAUUGCCAAGUGCAAACGGGCUGGCAUUACUGUCAGAAUGGUGACAGGCGACAACGUCAACACAGCACGAGCCAUCGCCACCAAAUGUGGCAUUCUGACCCCCGGAGAUGACUUCCUGUGCUUAGAGGGCAAAGAGUUCAACAGGCUCAUCCGCAACGAGAAGGGCGAGGUGGAACAAGAGAAGCUGGACAAGAUCUGGCCCAAGCUUCGGGUGCUGGCACGAUCUUCUCCCACGGACAAGCACACGCUGGUGAAAGGUAUCAUUGACAGCACUGGGGAACAGCGACAGGUGGUGGCUGUCACUGGUGACGGGACAAACGAUGGACCUGCCCUAAAGAAAGCAGAUGUUGGUUUUGCCAUGGGUAUUGCAGGCACAGAUGUGGCGAAGGAGGCGUCAGACAUCAUCCUGACCGAUGACAACUUCACCAGCAUUGUGAAGGCGGUGAUGUGGGGCCGGAACGUGUACGACAGCAUUUCCAAGUUCCUGCAGUUCCAGCUCACUGUCAAUGUGGUGGCUGUGAUCGUGGCUUUCACUGGAGCCUGUAUCACUCAGGAUUCUCCACUGAAAGCAGUGCAGAUGUUGUGGGUUAACCUGAUCAUGGACACGUUUGCUUCGCUGGCCCUGGCCACAGAGCCCCCUACCGAUUCUCUGUUGCGGCGUCGCCCCUACGGGCGAAACAAGCCUCUGAUCUCACGGACCAUGAUGAAGAACAUCUUGGGCCACGCGGUGUAUCAGCUCACGGUCGUCUUUGUCCUUGUCUUUGCCGGUGAGCGAAUGUUCGACAUCGACAGCGGGAGGAAGGCCCCCCUCCACUCGCCUCCCAGCCAGCACUACACCAUCGUCUUCAACACCUUCGUCCUGAUGCAGCUCUUCAACGAAAUCAACUCCCGGAAGAUACACGGCGAGAAGAACGUCUUUGCGGGCAUCUACCACAACGUCAUUUUCUGCUCCGUAGUUUUGGGCACAUUCUUCUGCCAGAUUUUGAUCGUGGAAUUUGGGGGGAAGCCCUUCAGCUGUACGCGCCUCAACCUGGAGCAGUGGUUGUGGUGUCUCUUCAUAGGGAUUGGAGAACUUCUGUGGGGCCAGAUCAUCUCUGCAAUACCGACCCAGUCUCUGAAGUUCCUCAAGGAGGCUGGGCAUGGCUCUGCCAAGGAGGAGAUCACCAAGGACGCCGAGGGAAUGGAUGAGAUUGAUCUUGCUGAGAUGGAGCUGCGCAGAGGCCAGAUCCUCUGGUUCCGUGGCCUGAACCGGAUUCAGACUCAGAUCAAAGUGGUCAAAGUGUUCCAUAAUUUCCAACAAGUCGUCCAUAAACCCAGGAACCAACACUCCAUCCACAACUUCAUGAACCACCCUGAAUACAACAUAGACGAUGAAUUUCCGAAGUCAUCCAAGUAUGAUCAGGAGGAAGAUACCGGACCGGGUUUUAAAUCGGGGACUGGGGUGCUCCUGUUGGACGGUGAGGCCACUCCACAUGACAACAAAAACAACAAUGCCGUGGACUGCAACCAAGUGCAAAUCGUCGCCUCCCAUUCCGACAGCCCGCUGCAAAGCCUGGAGACAUCAGUUUGAACGUCCAUUCUCUGACUCCCGUCCCUGCUUUCCCUGUUUCUUUUAUCAUCUAUCCCAUCUAUAAGGUGACGAUGGGACUUGUCACUGUUGUGUCAGCUGCUCCUAAGUGUGUGAGAACCCCUACGUUGGCCGUGAAGAAACCAGAGCACAGGCCUACAAGGAUUCGGCCAAACCCUGGGCAGGUAAUGGUAGCUCUACUCCUCAAGUGUAUCAGUUGUCGUCUUUAAAGACAUGAUGACAAUCCUCCUGGCAUCACCCAACCCAAGGUCUCCACAGCAUUCCCGCGGGUGUCACCGCCUCCUGACUUGGAGACUUUAUGAGUUUCUGCCAUUGACAAGCUAAGUUGUAGGCUCAGGGAGAGACAAAUACCCUGUGUUUGUGUUUCAGUAGACUGAUUAUUCUUACAACAUUUUUCCUAUUUUGAAAAUGUCCACCCUAAGGCCUCUAGCUCUUCCUGCUCUUCAGUCUGACCUCUCCAAGGUUCUUUGGUUCUUAUGUGACCCUUCUCAUCCUUCCUCUUAACUCUUUAUUUUUUUUUCCCUAAGUUGUGGUAAUUAAGAGAAUGGAAAGGACAUGGACAAGUUGAGUCAACUUUGGCCCCUUCUGGCCCCCAUAGAACCUUCCAUUUUGUUCUAGAGGCAGGCAGAUUUCUUUGCUAAAAUGGUCUUUUUGGAGCAAAUGAGCUAGUGAAAUAUUUCUCUAUUUCCACCAGGUCAGCUCCAACUUCUGAAUGUCCAUCGGUCUUCUUGAGUAUGUCGGGGUUUUUAAGUGCCAGGGAAAUCAGCCAUGACCAUGAAGCUUUCAUAUGUAUAAUAUGUAGUUUUUACCACAGGCUUGAGCUUCCUCCUUGCCUAAGGUGGUAGCAAAAGAAUGAAUGGGGCAUGACCCUGCCUCCUAGCUGGAUGAGGAGUUUCAGGACCAACAUGGGGCAGGCGCAGGACCAGAAAUCACUGAAGCAGACUAUUUUCAAGGGUAUUUGCCAAGACUCUCCCAGGGCAGGAGCUGAUGGUUAGGGGAAUGGGUGUUAAGAAGCCUUGGGAGGGGCUAGAGAACCAAUCCCUCGGGAUCUGAGAAACCUCCCCUCAGGCUAGGCUCCUGAGUACCAGCUUUGACAUCCUCUUUGCUUUUCUAAUUCUAUGCUUUGUUGUGUCCCACAACAUUUUCUGCCUCUAAGGAGGUCCCCAACUUUUGCAAAUAUUUCAAUGUUGAAAAUACACACUGGAAAGAGGAGGCUCCCUGGCAGGGUUCUGAUUCAAGGAGCAAAAGGCCCUCCCCGGAAAGCUCCCUGCCUCCUCUCUCCUCGCUUCACACACACGCUCUCCCAGCCUUCAGCAGUGUCUCCACUGCUACCCAGGAAAGCCCGUGCCUUUUUACCCCGAACACUGCCCAAAGCAUCCUCUGCCCACCCGCCUCUCAGGAGUUGGGAACUUCACCGAAAGGGACUUCGCCUUACUGGGACGAGGUGGAGGCUCCAUCUCGACCCCUGCUCUGCUGAUCUAAGCAUUUUUGUGCAGGUGGACCAAAUUGAUGUCCCCAAGUCCCAUCUCCCGUGAGUUCAAUGAAGCCUGCCUCCCAAGGCUCAUGAGAACUGCCAGGGUUCCACUUGGGAGAGAAAGACAAGAUGAACUUGUCCCCUCCUAGCCUUUCUUCUAGAGAUCUUCCUCCACCCAAGCUGCCAAGAUAGGAUGAGUAAAGGAACAAUCCCCAGUCCGCACCCGUUACAGCCUGCUCCAUCAUUACAGGAAGUAGCGAGAAGGCUUUGAUUUUGAGUUUUGCAAAGCUUACACACUUGAGCAAUCUUUCGUGGCGAAAAAACAGCUCACUGGACACACACACACACACACACACACACACACACACACAUUUAAGUACAUUCAAAGAUUGAUUCUGUCAACUCUUUUAUUACCUCAGAUCAUUUUUCAAAGCAAGCCAAUAACAAGCUUCGAAGGCCAUUUACCAUCCUUGCUCCCAAGAGACUUUUGUGGUGCCUGGAAGGUCACUCUUGAGGGCUUUAUGUCUACUUUUUCAAAGUCAAUAGUUUGUGUGUGUGUGUGUGUGUGUGUGUGUGCGCGCGCGUGCGUCUGUGUAUGUGUGUUCCAGUUUCCAUAGUAAGAGAGAAAAUAUAGAAAUAUUAUGCAAAAAAACAUAGUUUUCUUUAGAUCAGAAACUAAUAUUUUUGAGUCAGCCAUAUAUAUAUACAUUGUUUGAAGAACUUCAAAUAAAAUGCCGUCACAGAGCACCAGAGAGGGAGCACUCAGCCAGCUGUUUGGCAUGACAGGUGGCUCAGUAUAUUUGUAAUUGCUUUUAAAAAUAUAUAUAUAAUUUACCAUACUUCCUUUCUCCAAACAGCCAUCUUUAUAUUUAGGGAAAAAUAAUUGUUGGGUUCUAGACUUUUUUAAUAUAUAUUUUGUUGAAAUGGAAUUGAGUAAGUUCAAGUGUUUCUGUGCAUAUGUUUUUCCUAUUCAGUUUCAGUGAUCCAGGUGGCAGUGAGUAAAUAUGACAGAAGUUGAUAACAGUUUCCCCUAAAUGGUGCUUCGGAUCUGAGAGAGGUCUGAUGGGGAGAAAGAGAACUAUCCUAGAGCCCUGUUUUGAUAACCCUGCAGGUAGUGAGGGAAACCCCAGGAAAGAGGCUUCCCCUCUGUCAGGACAUGGAUGUACGCUGCCGCUGCGUGGAGGAGCGCCAGGCUUGUUGGUAACCAGGGCCGCGGGCCAGUUGGGCUUGUUGAUGAGGCGUUAACUGGCAGUCAGUGGCAGUGGCAGUCUCUCCUGGUAGGCAAGGGAACUGUGACGUGGGGGGGGCUUGCAUUUCUUUACGCUACUUUCACUUCCCCUUCCCCCUAGAGUGACCCCAUUAGUGAGUCUUUGUGCGUGAAUCUGAGUAGUGGCACCUUCCUCUUUUGUACGACACAGCAGAUGGGAGACUGAGCUCCAAAUGGAAAAGAUAAAUACAGCAAUGGUUGCUUCCAGUCUGACAGUCUGAGGACGAGGUCCCUCUCAACAGUCCUUCACUGUCCUCUAGAGUGCUUUUCCCAUCCCAAAGGAUGUAAGAGAGACCAGCUAGACCCCCUCUGGGCCUUUGUGGAAUUCCUCAGGUUUGGAUUUAUAUUUUUUUUCCUUCAAGCUUUAGGGGACAGUUGCACAGAACAAUCAGAGUGAAUACCUCACUGCCGAAAAUCCAGAGGGGCACGCGUGCUUGAGUGUGCCUGACUCCUCUCCUGCGUCCCUCCCUUUCCUCCCAUCCCUUGCCUUACAGUUAAAGCGACCUGCGGUACCAUCCCAGUCUGUGCACUCAGCCACCUUUGCGUCUCGGGCCGCCCCAUGCCACUGGUGGGCGUGUGCACUUACCAUGCCUGCUGUUUGUUCUAAAGCCAUCCCAGCCUCUUCCUCAGUAGACCGCAUACCCUCCCUCCCUGCCUCCCUGCCAUUCAGCUCAGAGCCAGAACUUUUGCCUUCCCAGCUCUGCAGUGAGGCCUGCUGUCCCCUUUCUUCUUCCUGGGAGAGGUGAAGGGAGGUGAGCUCCCUGCAACCCAAUCGGCCUUUGGUUCGUGUUUUCUCCCCAUGUGUAUAUAUGCCAUAUGUAAAUAUGCCAUAUAUAUGUGCCAACAAGUUGAUCUAUGCCAUCUUUUCUAAUCGGCAUGCAGAUAGGAAUUUUGAGUUUCUUCGCAGUAACUAGUAUAAUGAGCACUGGUUAUUUUUGUACAAAAGAAAAAGAAAAAAACAAACAGAAAACUGACUGUUGUAGUCUGCAUGACAGACAUGAUGAUAUCAAAGCAAUGUAUAUCCUAGUGUGUAUUGCCAUAGUUUGCAGUUCAGCUUAACAGUGCACCCCAUCUGUAUUUGCAUUUGAUAUUAUUUAAGCUCUCUGUAUAAUGUUUCGCAUGUAUUUAUAUGGUUCUUGUGGGGGAUGCUAUAAACUGACAAAUCUGUAAUGCAAAUGUGUCGGCCCACUGAUACGGGAAGAAGAGUUUGAAAAGGGGUCAUUUGUUGGAACCAAUAAAGCUUUUUGCUGAUGAGCAGAAACCAAUGCCAUGCACUGAGAAUAAAAACCCAUGCCCACUUGUAA